AAUUUUGUUGUAUGUCUAAUGAGUUUUUGAGCAUUGUAUGUCUGAUUUAUACUAUUACGAUCGGGAAUGGAUUCAAUUUUUGAGCAUUGUGUUAUAUGGGAAUUGAAAUCUUACACUAGUUAAAAAAUUUGACUUGAAAAUAUGUUCUACAUAGGGAUAUGGCCAUGAUGAGAUAUUUAUAUCCCGAUUCAAUUAAUCUAAUGGAUUUAGGCACCAUAUGACAAAAGAAAAAAGAAUGAAUAUGGCACUAAAAAGUGAAAACAAAUAUUUUAUCAGGGCGCGCUGGAGAAUUACCAACUUCGGUCUCACGGGCCAAACCCAAUUAAAAAACUCGGCCCAUGAGCCUAUAACUGCUAUUCCUCGUUGUGGAUAACGUAUAUAAACGUGCGGCUGAUAAACCACGGGGAAAUCAAAGAUUAACCCGCCACAUAUGCUUUCACAGCCAUGGUGGUGACUACUCCGACAUCACCUCCUUCAUCCCUAUCUUCCAUUUCGCCAUUACUGCAAAGCUACCAGCACAGAAUCUUCGUAAACUACGCAGUACCCAGAAUUCGGCACUCGCAGAAUUCGAAUGGAUUACUCUCCGUCAGAGCUUACAUGGAGAACCCCAACUCCAUCUCCGGCUUCGCCAACAAAGUCAUCGGUUCCCUCCCCGUUGUCGGUCUCAUAGCCAGAAUUAUCAGCGACGAAGGCGGAGUCGGAAGCGACCUCAUCGAUUUCGCGGAGUUCAGAAGGAGGGUCGGCAAGAAAUGCACCAUUAUGGACUCCAGAGCUUUUGUCGAGUUCAAGGACAGGCGCGGCAAGGCAGGGGAUCCUCUAUAUGUUCUGCUUUGCUGUUGGGUGGCGGCUGUAGGUGCAGGGCUCCUGAAAUCUGAAGAGAUUUUGGAAGGGGUAGCAAGACUUCGGAUUUCCACCGAUAUUGAAUUCGAAGAGCAGAGUUUCAUUGCUUUGAUGGAUGCAGCGAAAGAGCGACGAUCAAAGUCGAAAGGGGCAGCGCCUUUUGUUCCGAUGGAGGCCCGAGCAGAGAAGGCGUUAGAUGCAAUUUAUGUUUGUUGCUUUGGGAAGGAUCCUAUAGAAGAGGAAGACAAGAGACUUCUCAGUGUAAUGUUGGCAGCGGUUUUCCCAUUGGUUAAGCCGAAAGAGAUAGAAAGGAUUCUUGAAGAGAAAGCAACAAGAGUUGCUGAAGGUUUGGAUGUGAUGGAUGUCCCAGAGGCCAAACAGCUGACCAAAGAAGCUGUUCAAUUGCAGAUGAAAGAUCUCCAGUUCCUUCAGCAGAACAAUGAUAGUUGAAAAUUAUUUGCAAGUGUGGAUGUUGAGAGUUCUUGAUUGAGCAUGUCGACGUGUACAUUGGCAUCUCUGCUUGGCGGAGCAGAUUGCAGUGGAUUGAAGAGAAUAUAGGUCCCUAAAGAACUUCGAUCUCUGCUUGUUACUUGGAAUCGAAUGUACCGGAACCAGGUUGCGAAUAGCUGAAUGAUUGUUGCUGGCGAAAUGUAAACCAUCGGUAAGGCAUACACAUUUAUCACCAAUUCACCAUCCAGUUUCCAAAGACCAAAUCUUUUUCAUC